AAAUUUUAUAUAGAUAUAUAAUGAGUCAUAACAAUGAGAACAAAUUAAAGAAAAUGUUAUUAAUGGGUUAACAUAAAGUAGGUAAAACAUCAAUGCAUUCAAUUAUAUUUGCCAAUACACCCCCAAAUUAAGUUAUGCAAAUAGGAUUGACUGUAGAUGUAAAUUAAAAUUCAUUUAAAUUUAUGGGGAAUCUCAAAAUAAAUUUAUGGGAUUGUGGUGGAUAAGUAAAUUUAUUAUAUAAAAUUUAGGAUAAAUUAUUGUAAGAGUAUUUUACAACUUAGAAAUCUACAAUAUUUUCUAAUGUUGAAGUUUUGAUAUAUGUAUUUGAUGUAGAUAAGGAAGGAGAGCUUUUUCUAAAAGAAUUGAAUGAUUUUAAAACAACAGUAACAAGUUUAUCAGAAUGUUCUCCAGGAGCAAUUGUAUUUGUUUUAAUUCAUAAAUUUGAUAAAAUAAAAGAAUCUGAAAGAAAGAUUGUAUUUGAAGUAUGAUUAUAAUUUAAUAAAAUUAGCGAAAAUACAAGGAGAUUAUUUAAAGAGCUGAUGGUUUAAAUAUAGAAAUCAAAGAUGUGUUUUCAACAUCAAUUUGGGAUGAAACAUUAUAUAAAGCUUGGUCUUAAAUAGUUCAAAAUUUAAUACCAAAUAUUAAUGUUAUAAAAGAGAGUUUGAAAGCAUUUUGUUAAACUUGUAGUUGUGAGGAAGUUGUUUUAUUUGAAAAAUCUACUUUUUUGAUAAUCGACUUUUAAGAGACAAAUGAGAAAAAAGGUGUUUAUUAUAAUAUAUAAAAAAGAUAUUUAAAAAUACGAAAGAUUAUCAAAUAUAAUAAAGUAAUUUAAGUUAACUUGUAUGAAAACAUCAGCAAAUAUAUAGGCAAUAACAGUAAAAUCCGAGAAAUUUACAGUGUACAUAGAUGAAUUUACAGAGAAUACAUUUAUAAUGUUAGCAUAUACUGAUCCAUCAAUAUAUCCAGCGGCAAUUUCACAUAAUGUUCAUCAUGUAUAUAAUUAGAAUAUAAUUAUUAAAUAGGCUUAAAAAUUGUUUGAAAGUAUAUAAGGAACUGAUACUGAGAAAUUAAAAUAUUUAAUAUAAAGAAAGUUAUGAAUUAUUAAAUAAAGUCAUUAAAAUAUUAAUU